CUCCGUCUCUCAGCUAUCACUUCCGGUGUGGGUUGUAAGGGCUGUAAAAAGGAAGUAUUCAUUGUACUUUAUAAAAUAUAUUGUUAUCUGCCCAGUGGUGUCAUCUGGAAGAUAAUACAUUUAGUAUCAAUAUUUACUAAAAUUCUCCAUUCUACAUGGACUAAGAAUGAGCAAGUACAGGAACAAGAUGACGGAGAGUAUUAUAAACCUCACCCUGGAGAUCAUUUACCUGCUGACUGGGGAGGAUUAUAUUGUUGUGAAUAUGACAUCUGGUGAACGAGAGACACCCUGCAGCUGUCCCCGUGUAUCACUUGGACUGAGCAGGACCCAGAACCCCAUCACGGAGUUUCCACCUCGCUCACUGAUACAUGAAAAACACAAUGAGCAGAAGAUCCUGAAACUCACCAACAAGAUCAUUCAGCUGCUGACUGGAGAGGUUCCUAUAAGGUGUGAGGAUGUCACUAUUUAUUUCUCCAUGGAGGAGUGGGAGUAUAUAGAAGGACACAAGGAUCUGUACAAGGAGGACAUAAUGAAGAAUCACCGUACCCUCCCAACAGUUGAUGGAUUUGCAGCUGAAGAAACAUCUGGAGACUUUCAACCCCAAUUUACUAAAUGCAAUUCUAUAAAGGAUGACAAAAAUAAUAAAACUUCUCAUCAAGCAAAAUGCUUGAAAAUUGAGGGAAAAAAUGAGAUAACGAGGAUAUCUGAGAAGGAUGUGACUAAAAUGAUAACGCAGCCCAUAUCAUUGGAAGAUGGAAAUAUCAUGGAUAUAGACAAUUAUACACCUACAGAUCAUACACAGUAUACAGCUACUCUUAUUAAGGAGGAAUCUGUAUUAUAUGAAGGAGGAAACCUCAUAGACACUGACAAUUAUACGCCCACAGGUCAUACACAGUAUACAUCUACUCAUAUUAAGGAGGAACCAGUCUUAUAUGAUGGAGGAAACCUCAUAGACACUGAUAAUCAUACAACUACAGGUCAUACACAGUGUACAUCUACUCAUAGUAAGGAGGAACCAGUCUUAUGUGAUGGAGGAGACCUCACACACACUAACAUGUAUACACCCACAGGUCAUACACAGUAUACACCUACUCAUGUUAAGGAGGCAUCAUUCUCAUGUGACAAAGGAAACCUCACCCACUCUGACAUAUAUACAUCCACAGGUAAUAUAGAGUAUACAUCUCCUCAUAUUAAGGAAGAACCAGUCUCAUAUGAUGGAGGAGGCCACACAGACACUGACAAUUAUACACCCCCAUAUCAUACACAGCAUACGGAAACUAAACUUUUACCAAGAGAUGUUUGUGAAGAGAGCAACCUGAAUUCAUGUACUCCAAUGGAUCAACUUCCUAAAGAUAUUGACAUUUUGGACUUUAGUAAAUGGGAACUCUGCCCAGAGAAAACACAUAACCCAUCGUUGGUAACCUACCCUGAGUGCAGGGAGAUUGUCACCAACAAAUCAACGCCUCCAUUAAGUCCGAGGACUUGUGUAGGAGAUAAAACGACUUUCUGUCCCGACUGGUGGAGAUCUUUUGGCAGCAACUCAAAUCUAGCGGCGCCGCAGAAAGUGCACUCAGUUCCAAAACCGCAUCAUUUUUACAAUCGUGAGAAGAGGUUCACCAAACAGUCUGACUAUUAUCGACAUCAGAGAUUUAACACCAAAGAGAGAGAAUUCUUCUGCUUUCAAUGCGGAAAAUGUUUUUCCAGUAACCCCGAUCUCAUUCGGCACCAGAGGAUUCACACGGGAGAGAGGCCUUUCCCUUGCACUGAAUGUGGAAAGAGCUUUAACCAGAAGUCAAUCCUGGUUACACACCAGCGGACGCACACGGGAGAGAAACCCUUUGUGUGUUCAGUCUGCGGGAAAUCUUUUAUCAAGAGCUCCAACCUCGUCACCCAUCAAAGAGUCCACGGAGGAGAGAAGCCGUUUCAUUGCCCCGAAUGCGGAAAGUCCUUCAUGAAAAAUUCCAGCCUUGUCGCACAUCAAAGAACUCACCGGGCCAGAAAGCAAUUUACCUUUCUCUGAGACGGCGUAACCAUCCUAAAUUCAUAAUAACUGAAUAGUAAUUAUUUAAAAAAUAUAUAUUGUCUAAAAUAUAUAAUUGUGAACUGCCCUUGCUGAGUAAAGAAGGUUGUCCCUUCAUUUGAGAUUUUUAUUUUGUUUUCUUAUGUUCCAUAAUUUAAUAAUGAUGUUUCUCUGUCUCUCAUGUUAAUGGGUGAAUAUAGGUAACAAAAUAGACUCUCUGUUCAAGACUUGGCUUAUUUUAUAUACACUAAAGAUUAAAUGAACAUAAGUUGGUGUACAGGGUUACUAUAAAAGAAAUAGAAACUUUCAAUGUUUUAUAUAAAAUAAAGUAUUAUUGAUAUAGUCAAAAUACUUACAUGGAUAUGUAGUAUACAGUACUGUGCAAAAGUUUUAGGCAGGUGUGGAAAAAA